ACUGAGUAAAUCACAGGUGAUUUUGUCAUCUGUCAUCUGUAUUGUGAUGUAUAUAACGUUCUAGUUGUACAUGAAUGCAGAAGCAGAAUGUUUCAGUUUUGCUGUGGUAAAAAACAAUAAAUAGAUUGAUUCUGUAUUAAUUCUCAGUUCGGGAAGUUAAUUAGUUUCAACAAUUUUGUUUGUCUGUAAUUCUGCUGACAACAAAUAAUAAUGACGGAGAAAUGUGUAGACGAGCAUACAAAAAAGUUCGAAAAUGCUUAUUGAACCUCGUUAUGAGUGUCCAAUAUGUUUAACUUGUUUAAAAGAUCCAUUACUUACAUCUUGUGGACAUCGGUUUUGUCAAGAAUGUAUACAUCAGUGGCUCAAGCAGGAGGAUGGCACUUGUCCUAUAGACAGUUACCAGCUGUCCAUCACCAAGGACCUCUUUCCUGAUAACUACACACGGCGAGAAAUAGCACAACAGAGGAGGAACUGUCCAGUAGAGGAGUGUUCUCAGUUGGUUCCUCUCACAGAGUUGGAAAAACAUGUAACUAUUCAUGAGGAAUACCGUCAGCAAAACGAGAACAUUAUGUGCACCUUUCACAAUGUGGGGUGUCAUACUCAGCUGCAGUCAAUUCACCAACUAAAUGCCCAUUUGAAUUCUCAGCUUCACCACCAUCUUGAGUUGUUGUCGUCUGCCAUCAGUGAGGGCCGCAAAGGCCAGGUAGAUGCCAAGGCGCAGGAAGCCCAGUUAUGGGAACCACCACCCAAAAAGGGAAUGGAAGAUGAGUCUGAAGACUCCUGCAAGGCUCUAAUGAAAUCUCUCUAUGAACGAUUAGUUUUAUUAGAACAGAGUAACCGAGAACAAGAGAUUCAAAUAACUAGCUUAAGGGCUCAAGUUGGGAGACUUACUGAGGAGAAUGAAAAUUUAAAAUACAACAUUCCUUUGCAAUUCUGUAAUGGAGUUUGUGUCUGGACCAUUGACAAGUUCCAGGAGAAAUACUCGUCAAUGACACAAGAUUAUCAGAGAUGUUUCUACAGCCCCUCUUUUACUACAUCAUAUGUUGGCUACAAAUUUUGUGCUCGUCUAAAGUUAUCGACUCUGAACCCAAACUACUUGGCUCUGCUGAUACAUCUGAAGCAGGGACAGUUCGACAAGGCUCUGGACUGGCCAUUCUCAGGACGCAUCAGUUUCACUCUUGUGCACCCGACUCAGCCAGAAGAAUCCAUCAAGGAAACUAUGAUGUCCAGACCUGAAUUGGAAGCAUUCAAGCAACCCACAAAAGACAUCUGUCUUAGAGGAUUUGGAUACUCAGAAUUUGUUUUGGUGUCUGAUAUUUUCACCAAAGGGUUCCUUGAAAAUGAUACUAUCACAAUAAAAAUUCAAGUACAAACUGUUUAAA